ACUAAUAAUAAAAUGGUUCAAUUCUUUAUUGUUUUUGACAUUGGUGCAAUUAAAUUAAUGUGUAAUAUGUAUACAUGAGUGGUGUGUGGUUUUCUUCGCAGACAACAUGUCGCUUGCGUGGAACCCAGCAAAGAAGCAUAGCGAGCGUGAGAGGUGGAUAUGCAUUUAUCCGAUAUACAUAAACAGUAAAAGAAGUUUGGCUGGUGGACGAAAGUUGUCUAAAGAGAAAUGCGUGGAAAAUCCAACUCAUCAAGAAAUACGAGAUGUGCUGGUAGCGGCGGGUUUUAAUGUUGGCGUUGAGAAUAAGCUGCACCCGAAGGAACGCAGCAAGGAACCCGUGUAUCGCGGUCGCAUUCGCGUGCAGCUGAGAAAUGAUGACGGUACACCGGUACGAGCCGAAUUUCCUACUAGAGAUUCCGUUUUAGAAUAUAUCGGGACCACAAUACCGAAACUGAAGACUCGCCAAGGCAAACAGAGCUCGAGCGAGCAAACGUCACAUCAGCCGUCCACAUCAGCAUCGAAGAAAGGAAAAGGCAAGGGAAGAAGAUAAAGAGAGGGAAGAAGAUUCGAAACUAUUAUUUAUAGUGGAGCUUGGUUUGCACAUAUUUUUUAUUAUAUAAGAUGUCUGAAUGAUAUGCGUACGUGCAUGUAUGUACAUAUACGCAUAUAUAUAUAUAUAUAUAAAUAUUAAAAAAAUAUAUAUGUCUAUAUAAAAGAAAAUAUAAUAGAAAAGUUCUAAGAAAAUGUAGUUUCCUAUAAAAUCAUAAUACAAUAAUAUUAGAAAAACCUUUAAAUUACAAAUACAUCCAAGUUGGAGA